GGGAGAGGAAAAUGGCGGCGAUUGAUGAAAAUGGGCUGCUGUUGCUCCUGUGAAACGCCAUUAAAGCAAUCUUAUCCGAUUUUAACACUAUAAUUUAGUAACAUUUAAAAGAUGCAGCUAUGGGCUAUUCGCAAGUUGGCCUCUUAAAUUGGACAUAACCGGACAAAAGGUUGGCGUGUGGUUUCAGUCAGUGGCCUUUCCCUUAGCUUCUCACCUCCAGGUCCACCUUGACCCAUGGACCGGACAUCAGCUUCAGGUCUCAAAAGGAGGCUUGCUGCCCCCUCCUCACCCACAUCCCAAAGAGAUAUCGCCAGAAGCCCUCCUCAUUGCUCCCCCUCUUUUUCUCGGUCAUCUCCAUCAUCUGAUCGGUCUUCGCCCUCAUCGACAUCGUCCUCUGCCUGUGCCAACUCAUCAGCGUUUCAGAAUCAUGUUAAGGCUCCGACUCGGCGAGCAGAAGUGGCAAUGGUGUCUUCCACAUCGGCCUCUCUAGCAGUGCCGUCGAUGGCCACAUCCAUGUCCACACCAACCUUAGCAGAGUCAUUUCCUCGCACUGUUUUGCAGUCAGCUGUUGAUGAUGAUGAAGAAAGUGGGAACAAGGAGAUAUAUGAUCCAUUCCAUCCAACUGAAGGGGAAAAGGAUGUAAACAUGGAAGAAGACGAGGGAGAAAAGUAUGACCCGUUUGAGCCAACUGGGUCCCCGGCAUCAGAUGAUAACGAUGAGUGUGACAAAAUAGAAGAAGAGAAGAAAAUUGAUGAGGAGAAAGAAGAGCCUCCAGAUUCUACUGACAUUUUCACAGAUCCACCCAGCCCUCCUUUGGCUCCCCAACUCCCUCACAGACGGCGGGUUGACUACAGCACUACCAAAGCCCGAGGUCACCGAGCUGACUCUGAGAAUUCUGAGAUUGAGGAGGGGGAGAUUGUUGUGGCCAUUGAAAGAGACAUUAGUAGUAAGAGAACAUCAGGAGAACAUCUUACCUUAAACUCUCCCAAGAUCACCUUCUUCGAUCCAAAGCCAGAGCGCAUCUUCCGGGUUCUGGACGGGGAUGGAUUUGUGUCCGUAUGUGCAGACGGUCACUGGGAAGAGCCUGAGGAUGAGCCUGUAGUUGGAGUGGAGGAUCUUAGACGGAAACUAGUCAGCAAGAGAAAGGAAAGAUACCUCUCGUGUCCCGCAGCAUCCCCACUGUCUUCUCAGCCGCCACCUCCCCUUUCGCCCCCUGUUGACUCCACACCGUCUCCUCUCGCACCUCCAGCUGAGCAAGGAAGCAAGAUUCGAAAGUCCUCUAAAAGUUCCAAGGACCAAAACAGACAUCGAAGCAAGGAAAGUAAGGCUCGAGAUAAGGAUGAGAAACGAAAGAAGCGAAGGAAAGACAAAGAAGGAGAUCGCGAAAGGAGUAGAGAGAAGAAACAAGGGGACAAGACAGAUAAGGAAGGUAAAAGUAGGAGAAACAGCAGGAGUAGUAGUCGUAAGAGGAAGAGAACGCAUCGCAGUAGCCCAGAGGCUUCACAUUCACGCAACUCUUCAAGACGAGAAGGUCACAGCAGACACUCCUUCUCCAGCCCCUCCGUAGAGCAACACAGAGACAAGGACAGAGAUAAAGAGAGAGACAGAGGCAGAGACCGGGACAGGGGUGCAGACCGAGACCGAAAAACUGAUACAGAGAGACAGAGCGAACAAAACCGCAGCCAUCGAAGAGAUGAAAGAGAUAGAAGUUCUAGCUCGAGAAAACAUACCGGAAGAUAUCACUCAAGCAGCAGAGAGCGGGACAUCUCAAAGAGGUCUAGAAGAAGCAGGGAGAGAAGAGACAGCACCAGAGACCGGCAGCAUGAGAGGGAACGCUGCCGGGACGGGCGUCCAGUUGUCCCGCCAUCUAUUCAGGACCUUAAUGGUUCUGACCUGUUUGCCAUCAAGCGAACCAUCACAGUCACCACCACCACAACCACCACCACCGUACCCGGCUCUCCUAUACUCACCCAAGCCUCUCCCUGUCGGACCGCACAGGACACGGACAAGCUCCACAAGAGGAAGAAGAAGAGAAGAUGGCACUCGGGUGGCGAGGAGGCAGACCGAGGCCCUCGUCGUAGCCGAUCACAGUCGCUGUCUCCUCCAAGGUAUCAUAGCUACGAGUCAGACCGCUAUUCGGAUAAACUGGAGAUAGACAUGUUGUCUUUGGAUGGUGAGGCUUUGGACUCUGACUACCCGUCUUUGGAAGACACACCUCCACCAGCGCUGCCCCCAGACCCACCUGCCCCUAGCCCCAAAUCCAAAACCACCCCCAAGACCGAACGACAUCGCCCGAAAAAGAAAGGACGCACAUUAAAGAAAGUAACUCAGUCCUCCUCCUCAUCGUCCUCUUCCAAUAAAACCAAAAGCAAAUGCCUUUCCUCCCUGUCGGGAACCUCUGAUCCCGCCCCCGUCUCAUCGGGUCUUCCUCUCGCCAAGCGAAACAGGAAGGUGGGAAAAGACAAAGCGUGGGAUAAAGGCACCAAAAAGGAUUUGGGUCGGCCUAGCAAAUCGAAGAAAGACGGCAGCAGUCGAAAAAGCAAACUUCAGUCCAAAGUUUCAGUUUUGGUGCGUGAGGGUGUGAGCAGCACCACUGGAACGUCAGUUGGUUCCGGUAAGCUGGGCAUGGACCUCCUUGGUCCGGGGAGUACUGGAGGGGGUUCCGGAGGGUCUGUGGUCGGUGGUUCAAUUGCAGUCGUCUUUUGUAGAGACAAUGAGAGCAGGUCACCGUUCCUUAAACCUUGCUCUGAGCCCCUGUCAGGAGUCCGCACUAAAGAUCUGGCCAACAUGGGCAAGCGUAAUAGCCUGGCAGCACCACCGCCCUCUUUAAACAGUCCUUUGGGACUGAAAUCGAAGAAAACAAAGCCUGGCUCCAUCACCUCCACUUCUUCCUCAACGUCCUCUCCUUCUUCAACAUUGGCAACCAAGCGCCGCCGUCGCUUGGCCAAGAAGGUCAGGGAAAAAGGUGGUGCAGCAGGCACGACCACAGAAGAUGGAGCCAAAUCAAAAGCGGCAUCUGAAGGCUGGACUGCUGCCUCUUUAGAAGGUCUUUCCACUGGCGGCGAUGGAACCAAGUCUGUCAGUCCACUGACUGGUCAAGCUGGCCCCGCCCCUUGCUUGUCAUCUUCCUCAUCCUCCUCCUCCUUCACAAGUCUGCUCCCACCCUCUUCUUCACCUCCCCGCACUCCCCCACCUUCCAUGGCUCCCAUGCGGGACACAAGGGAGUCUUCACCAGACUCUCAGACUGUGGACAGUAGCUGUAAGACUCCAGAGCCGUCCUUCCUUGCUGAAGACUGCCCGACUCAGACCAGUCCCCCGCUGCCCCCAUCCAGUCCAGCCAGCACGUCAGUGCCACAGGGGGCUGGCCUCAGUAUCAGCUUGUCUACACCCACCACCCUGCCCCCCCUUUCGGACAAUGCGCCCAAAUCUGUAGCCUCACCUCCUUCCUCGUCCUCGUCAUUAGGGGGUGGUCUGGCUUCCCUGGCUCUACCUCUAUCCUCAUCAGACCCUUCCUCCUCCUCCUCUGUGUCGUCGUCAUCUGCUAGUAAGCCACCUCCGCCUCCACCCCCUGCAGCUCCUGUCCUCCCAUGGAGUCUGCAGACAGGAGUUGAUUGCGCAACUGGAGGAGUUCUUGCAUUGACUGCCCUGCUCUUCAAAAUGGAGGAGGCAAAUAUUGCCAGCAGAGCAAAAGCACAAGAGUUCAUCCAAGCAACCAGCCAGAUCCUCUCACAAGCCAACCAGAGCCAGUCCCAGCCACAUGCUCCUCCUCCAUCAGGCAACUCUUCAUCGUCCUCACAGAUCCCCCCUCCUCCUCCUCCUUCGCUCCCUCCGCCGCAUGCAUUGAGCCCAGCGCAGUUCAUCCUCCAGAGCUCCCUCCCCUUAGUUGGUUGCACCAAAACCCCGCCCUCUCACCUGCACACCACUUUAGGCAGUGGAUGCGCACAGACUCCUCCACCUAUGAUGCCCGUGGGGCUGCCAGGAGGGGCGGGGAGCUCAAGAGAGACAUUAUGGGACAAUGAAAGUAAAGACCCUGAUAAGUACCUGAAGAAGCUCCACACGCAGGAACGGGCAGUAGAGGAAGUGAAGCUUGCUAUCAAACCAUACUAUCAGCGCAAAGACAUCAACAAGGAUGAAUAUAAAGAUAUCCUCAGAAAAGCUGUUCACAAGAUCUGCCACAGCCGUACUGGUGAAAUCAAUCCCGUCAAGGUCAGCAAUCUCGUCAAACUGUAUGUCCAGCGCUACAAAUACUUCCGGAAACAUGGCCGCAAAAUGGAUGAGGAAGAGAGGGAUGACAGGGAGCAGGGAUCACUGUAUUCCUCUGCCUGAUACGAGGUUAUAAUGCUUGGUCAGUGAUGUGUGGACUUUCACCAUUAUUUGUUUUUUAUUGUUAUUAUUGUUUAGCCUACCAUGUUCAUGUUACAUCAUGUUUGAUGCAUUUUAUCUCUUUAUUUCACUGUAAAUAUGUCCCAUUAACAACGGGUCAUGUAUAGAAAAGAUGGUGAAAGCCUAUCAGCCCAUGUACUCCAAUAAAAGUGUCAACAACCUUGUAAAUGCAAUCAAUUCAUGCUUUACAUUGUUUGUAUGGAUCGCAGAAUUUAAGAAUUUUUAUCUCAUAUUGUGCUGGAUAUUAGACAUAUAUUUACUCCACAGUGUGUCUUUUUCCAAAGAGUAUGCAAGCUGGACUUUUAUUUAUGAUGGUUCCAAUACAGUCGACAGAUUGUGCUGCAUGGGUUACUGAUUAUGAGGAUGUGGUUCAUUCCCAUACAAAUAUGACUGGAUGAGCAAAUCAUAAAUGGUGCUUGGUGCCUAUUUGUGUGUAUUAUUUGAUUAGAAUGGUGACAGUUAAUAAGUAAAG